AUGGGAACUCACAUUUUCCUUGUAACCAUAGCCAUCAUGGCCUUGGCCUCCACACUUGUUUAUGCUUCUGACCCUAGUCCUCUACAGGAUUUUUGUGUUGCUGUCAAUGACACAAAAUCUGCUGUGUUCGUGAAUGGCAAGGUUUGCAAGGACCCAAAGCUCGCCAAAGCCAAGGACUUCUUCUUUUCUGGUCUCCUUACUCCACAAAAAAUAUCGAACCCAGUUGGGUCAACAGUCACUCCUGUAAACGUUAUGCAAAUACCAGGCCUCAAUACUCUCGGUAUCUCUUUAGCUCGCAUUGACUUUGCACCUCAUGGCCUCAACCCACCCCACACGCACCCUCGCGCGACUGAGGUUAUCGUGGUCUUGGAGGGUACCCUCUAUGUCGGCUUCGUAACCUCCAAUCCAGAAAAUCGUCUCUUCACUAAAGUGUUGUACCCAGGAGAUGUUUUUGUGUUUCCAGAAGGUCUCAUUCACUUCCAGUUUAAUGAGGGAAAAACUAAUGCAGUGGCUAUUGCUGGCUUGAGCAGCCAAAACCCUGGUGUCAUUACUGUUGCUAAUGCAGUGUUUGGGUCGAAUCCCAAGAUUUUUGAUGAUGUUCUUGCCAAGGCAUUCCAAGUGGACAAGAAGGUGGUGGACUAUCUUCAAGCUCAAUUUUGGUGGCCCAACAACUAG